AUGCGCUGCGAGUUCAGGGAGGCUGAUUAUCAGACCUCAGGUCAGAGAGGUGCUACUUUGGCUCAACACAAACUCCACGACAUUCCCUUCAGAGAUUGCACUGUGAGUUCAGGGCAGCAGGCUACCAGAAACCACUGCAAUCGCACAGAAAGUUCCAGUCAACAAAACCAGAAACCCCAAGAUGCUUCCAGCCAAAGUGGCUCUUCAGGGCAAGAUAGCAGAAGACAAGAAAACAGACAACCUCAGGAAAACUCAAGCAGGAACACAGAGAGUUGCUCCUCAGGGAGCUCCAAUCCAAAGGGCAACAAACCGCAGGACACUUGCAGCCAAUCCAAAGGAUCGGAUAGUGUAAAUGCCUAUGCUGGCCUAGUGGAUUCCUUACGUGAUGCCUGGAUGUCAGGAAAGACGCGUCCAAGGGAGUAUCGUGUCUCACAGCUGGAGGCCCUGUGUCACUUUCUGGAGGAAAGACAGGCUGAUAUCCAGCAUGCCAUGUGUGAGGACCUACACAAGCCCUGCUUUGAAACUGAGUUCACGGAGAUUUUGUUUGUGAGAAAUGAACUGGCCAAUGCUCUAAACAACUUAAACUACUGGAUGAAGGAUGAAAGUGUGAACAAGAACCUACUGACACAGCUGGAUUGUGCCUUCAUUCGCAAGGAGCCAUAUGGUGUGGUGCUGAUCAUUGGAGCCUUUAACUUCCCUCUUCAGCUUACUUUGGUGCCCCUUGUGGGAGCCAUUGCAGCUGGGAAUUGUGUGGUUCUCAAGCCUUCAGAGGUGAGCAGCUGCACUGAAAGGCUCCUUGCAGAAGCGUUGCCUUGUUAUCUGGAUCCGGAAACCUUUGCUGUGGUGACAGCUGGUCCUGAAGAAACAGGAAAAUUACUGGAAAAUAAGUUUGAUUAUAUCUUCUAUACAGGGAGUGUCCGUGUAGGGAAGAUCAUCAUGACUGCUGCAGCAAAACAUGUGACACCACUGACUCUGGAGCUGGGGGGUAAAAGUCCCUGUUACGUGGAUAAAUGCUGCCAUUUUCAGAAUGCAGCCAACCGAAUUGUUUGGGGGAAAUUUCUCAAUGCUGGACAGACAUGCAUUGCACCAGAUUAUGUGAUCUGUACACUUGAAACACAGGAGAAGUUGAUGCCUUGCUUGCGCCAAGCUAUCUGUGAAUUCUUUGGAAAUGAACCCAAACAGUCAGCUGAUUUUGGCCGCAUGGUCAAUGACAGGCAUUUCAAGCGUGCCCAAGCUUUGCUGGAAUGUGGCCGGGUGGCCAUUGGUGGAGAGACCGAUGAGUGUGAGCGUUAUAUUGCUCCAACCGUGAUGGCAGAUGUGAAGGAAUGGAUGCCAAUCAUGCAAGAGGAAGUUCUUGGGCCCAUCCUGCCAAUAUUCAAUGUGGGGGAUAUGGAGGAGGCCAUACAUUUCAUCAAUUCCAGACCUCGCCCACUAGCUGUGUAUGCCUUUUCCUGUGAUAACAAGGUUGUGAAUGAGGUACUGGACCGUACUACUAGUGGUGGCUUUUGUGGUAAUGAUACCUUGUUGCAAGUAUCAUUGAUUUCCCUACCAUUUGGUGGCGUUGGAUGCAGUGGAUUGGGCAAGUACCACGGCAAAUUUACUUUCGACACAUUUACUCACUUCCGUGGCUGUCUCUUGCGCUACAUAGGCCUGGAAGCAAUCAACAGAAUGCGCUACCCACCAUACAAUGAUAGUAAUUUGAGAAUAGCGGUUGCCUCUACGGAGGUCAGGCGUAAGGGCAUGUGCACUUUGUUGUAAGGCAUUAAAUCACAUCACCUGUGUUCUUAAGGAACAUUGACCAACAAGUUUGCUGUAGAGUUGAGAGAUAUUUUUCCUUCAUCAGCUGGUCCUUAAAUUUUGCUUCAUCACCUUCAAAGAUCCUUGAAAAACGUUCUCUGUUCUGACAAACCUUAUUUUUGCCAUCUUUGCUUCUUACAUUUUUUCUUUAUCCUAUACAACCUUUAGUAAAUUCAACAUUUAGCAGUGGUUAGAAAACUUAGGGACCCUUCAAUUCUCUUUGCACCGUUGUUGGAUAUACAACAUGUUCUCAAUUCCAGCAAGGACUAUUUAUAUAAUUAACAUUUACAUACAAAAUUUCAUCUUGCCUUUAACACAUAAAAUUAAUUCUGCUUAAAAAAUCUAGAAGCAUCAUAUUCUUUGUUAAAAAUGGACAAGUACAGCUCCUCUUUACAGUGGAGCAAUCAUUCUGAUUUAUAUAGUUGUCCAAUAAGGGUAGAAGCAUGGAUGGUCUUUGUAAAAUGAUCAAGUAUUUCCUAGUGGAUAUUUAAACAUUGGAUUCAUUAAACAACUUAAAGAAAUUCAAAGCUGAUGUAAUACAUGUUAUUGCACAUAAACAUAUUCUGUUGACAAUGCA